CGUCACGCAGACGGUGCCUACACAUAUAUUUAUAUAUAUUGAGCGAGGGGACUCGGGGAAGGAUGUGUGCACCUGGACGGCCAAUCGCGCUCCUGCUGUUGUAUGUGAUCAGCUCAGCCUCCUCCUCCCCCGUUCCCACUCUCACACCUGCUCCACCUCUUCCAUUGCAAGUUCUACCUCCCGGCACGCCUCCACCCUCUACGCCCCUCAGUGGCUCAGCAGCGGGCUGCCCUCUGACGGUGUCUCCCUCCACGCUGGUGGUCAGGUUUGGAGAUCCGGUCACAGCAAACUGCUCUGUAUCCCAGAUGGGUUUCUCUCUUCUUGGUUGGAAAGUCUCCCUGCCGACUCCUGAACCCACGAUGGAUCGGUUUCUGGUCUGGCGUGUUGACAGGAUCACUGACUGGGGCAUCCAACCAGUGUGCUAUGCGCUAGCUGACACGGGGGGGAAGUGCGACAUCACUCUCCCUCUAACAGUGUACAAACCUCCACAAAAUGUGUCCAUCAGCUUUGUUAACCUCACUGGGCCGAUGUUGGAGGGGCGUCAGUACACUCUGCAGUGUACAGUAGAGCACGUGGCUCCUGUUAAGGACCUCCGUGUGACCUUCUACAGAGGACAGACAGCACUGGGUCAACCACAGUCCAUCAACAGCACAGUGGAGACACCAGUGACUCAGAUCUUCACUUUGGACAUCAGCCCGGGUAGAGAAGAAGAUGGAGCGGAGUACUGGUGUGAAGCCAAGCUGGAACUGGGACUCGAUGGGCCGGAGCUCCCUUCAGUGGUGACAUCACAAAAGGUCACCACCUGUGAGUUGUUUUUUUUAAAUCUUUCUUUCCUUAACAUUAACUAAAUAAAAAAUCCAAAUACUUUCCAGCAAAUAUUUUGCAUCCAAACUAUACACACUGCCCGCGACGCAAAGUUGCCACGAAUGCAACACGUAUUUUAUAAAAGGUUUUAACAAAUUUGACCUAUUGACCCCAAAUGCCCAGACUUCUUGUUUUCACCGGUAAAUGGUUACGAAUUGCGUAAAGGCCUUUAUUGUGAAAGGUAUGGACAGAAAAAAAGGACUGUAGUCU